UUAAUGGUGUUUUAAUUUAUUAUAUUGUUAUACGAUUUAUUUAGAAAAAUGGAGGUUAAAACAAAGAGCGAGCAUUUACUGGCAUUAAAAGUGAUGAGAUUAACACGACCUACUCUGGCAAGUCCUAUGGUUGUUACCUGCGAUUCAACAGAUUUGCCAAGUAAUACGCUAAACAAUGAACUCAAGAAUGAUUGUACAGCGCUGCAGGGUAUAGAAACGCUUGCUAUAGGACAGUUUAUGGUGUUACCUCAAAGCUUUGGGAAUAUCUAUCUAGGAGAAAUAUUUUCCAGCUAUCUAUGUGUACAUAAUGGCAGUAAUCAAGUGGUAAAAAAUGUUACUGUAAAAGCAGAUUUACAAACAAGUACGCAGACAAUUUCCCUCUCUGGUAAUCUAGAAGGAAAGGAAUUAGCACCUGAUAGUACAGUAGAUGAAGUUAUUCACCAUGAGGUUAAGGAAAUAGGUACACAUAUAUUGGUUUGCGAAGUGUCUUACACAAAUCAGGUUGGAGGAUCUCCAUUGUCGUUUAGAAAAUAUUUUAAAUUCCAGGUAGUUAAACCACUAGAUGUGAAGACGAAAUUUUAUAAUGCAGAGUCAGAUGAAGUAUAUCUCGAGGCACAAAUACAAAAUUUAACAGCUGGGCCAAUUUGUUUAGAAAAAGUUGUUCUUGAAUCGUCUCAUUUAUUUAAUGUAACUACAUUGAAUACGAACGACGAAGGUGAAUCUAUUUAUGGAAGCGUAAAUCUAUUAGAUACAAAUUGUAGUAGACAAUAUUUAUACUGUUUAAAACCACAAUUAAGCCUAAUGAAAGAUCCGAAAAUGAUGCAAAAUGCCACGAAUAUUGGCAAAUUAGAUAUUGUGUGGAGGAGCAAUUUGGGAGAGAGGGGAAGAUUGCAAACGAGUCAGUUGCAGAGAAUGGCACCUGAAUACGGAGAUCUGAGGGUCAUCAUGAAGGAUGUUCCUUUAAAGGUGUAUCUUGAAGAACCAGUUAAUUGCACAUGUCAUAUAAUAAAUACAUCAGAAAGAAGUAUGGAGUUGCUAUUGAGCCUAGAGUCCAAUGAUUCCAUAGCUUGGUGCGGGAUAUCCGAUACAACUAUUGGUACUUUGAAACCCGGGGUUUCUAUGGACAUACCUCUUUGUUUGAUUACGUUGACUACAGGCAUUAUUACUAUCUCUGGAUUAAAACUGACAGAUACGUUCUUGAAAAGAGUAUACGACUAUGAUGAUUUAACACAGAUUUUCGUCAAUCAAUUGGACUGAAAUGUAUGCAUGCAAUAAAAACUCUUUCUUCAGAUGGCAUCGGAA